AUGGAGCUUCUCACUAGGAAAAAACCAUGCUCAUAUCGGUCAUCCGAGGAGGAAACCCUUGUCUCAUAUUUCACUGCUUCGCUAGAAGCAGGCAAACUGAUUCAUGUGCUAGAUCCUCAAGUGAUGGAAGAAGGCGGCAAGGAAGUUGAAGAAGUAGCUAUGUUGGCAGUAGCAUGCACGAGGAUUGAAAGACACCACCGGCCAACCAUGAGGCAAGUGGAGAUGACACUUGAGAGCCUUGGAGCUGUGCAUGAUAGCUUUAUCCCGAAGUAUCAAGUGGUUGUGGGUAUGACCAUGGAGGGAACGAGCCGACAAUAUAGCUUGGAAGCAGAACAUUUGUUGUCAUCAAGAUACCCCCGGUAG